AUGGCACUGGACGUCCAGGAACUUCAGUUCACCGAAAGCUUGAGGGAUGAGCGCAACGCGGCAGCUCGGAGCACGCUUUUCAUGCCCAAAUUAUCACACCACCAAGCAUGCCGUCUCGGUUACAUUGGCUUCACCCGGGCUGAGCAUCGUCGCAGACACCAACAGCUGCGGUCUCCCUCCUAA